CGAUUUAGCAAAUGAAUACUGGAAUCUAAUCGCCAUGGAAACGAGUGCGACUGCUGUAACCACACCCCUUCGCUGACGUCAUCGCGUCGGGCGGUGUACUUCCUGGUUACUUUGCACUGCACUGCAUGUUGUGGUAGUGCUGUUAAUUGAUUUCUUUGAGGGUAUGGUACCUUUUCUUCUGCGACAACACUGGAUCGGCCGGCUUCGUCUUGCGCUCACUCUCUUCGGACUUCCGUAUACCUUCUGCACUUCCAGAGUGAGGCCCGGCGUCGCCUGCUCAGCAUCCCAUCUUUUUAGUCAAACCAUCAGAUCCAUCAGUAUCGGUUGCUGUAACCUUCAUGCGACGAUGCCAUCCUCUGCGGCUCCUCAUGUCAAGUCCAGAUGCCCUCAGUAUCCAGGUUCCAAAAUCAAGCGCUUCGCCGUGCCUGAUGACAAGGUGGACUGGAGUCAGAACUGGCCGCAGUAUAGCCCGGUCAGCUACACAGACGAGUCAGUGUUAAAGAACCCAGUGUGGGCGGAUCCUGAAAUUGGCUCUUCCUCUCCAAAGUUCAACACUGUGGAUAGUGGAGUGGACAGGACGAGCUUUGAGGGCCCUUACAAAUUGGAAAAGGGGAAGCCGCUAAAUCCCUGUGGACGCACAGGGGUGACAGGUCGAGGUUUGCUCGGACGAUGGGGACCCAAUCACGCAGCAGAUCCCAUUGUCACCAGAUGGAAAGUAGAUGCCAAAGGAGCAAAGGUGAAUCACUCUGUUUCCAAGCAGCCUAUCCUGCAGUUUGUAUCUAUCAAGAGGAAAGACUGUGGGGAGUGGGCCAUCCCUGGGGGGAUGGUAGAUCCAGGGGAGCAGGUCUCUCUCACACUGCAGCGGGAGUUCUCUGAGGAGGCAAUGAACUCAUUGGUAGUCCCGCCGGCAGAGAGAGCAAAGAUUCAUGAACGCAUCACUAAACUUUUCAAAUCACCAGGAUUUCAGGUUUUCAAAGGCUACGUGGAUGAUCCCAGAAACACUGACAAUGCUUGGAUGGAGACAGUUGCUGUCAACUUCCAUGAUGAAUCAGGCAACAGCGUGAGCGAGCUGCCGCUGCAAGCUGGAGAUGACGCAGGACAAGUCCAGUGGGUUGAUGUAGACUCGUCCUUCCCGCUCUACGCGAGUCAUUCCCAUUUCCUGGAGCUGGUCGCCAAAGAGAGGAAAGCGCACUGGUAACCAAGGACGAGGACGAUUCAUAACAAUGAAGGAAACAUUGAGAGUGUUACUGCUCUCAGUGUGCUGUGAGUCCUUGUAUGUUAAGGACGUACACCUAACCUUAUGUAAAUUUUCCCUCACUAAUUUAAAGAUAAUUAUCAAUAGUUAUAGAAGUGCACGUCAUUAGUUUGACACACAUGAAUGUCCGCAGUGCAGUUUACAGGAACAUUGUGACAAAAGUAGCAGAACUUAUAAAAUGAAUGAAACGAGCAGGUUGAAAUCUUGGCUGCAAUUUGUGUUUCCCCACUUGGUAGAAACUUAACAUGAGCCUGUAAAACGCAAGAAGCUGCUGAGUGCCACCCCACAUUAUUUCUGUUGGCACGAAUUAUGCAAAUGUAUUCACUGUUAACAAGGAUCACAUUAACACAGCAUGAUCACGUAAGAACAAACACAAUGAGCUGCAAUGAACAUAGCACGUACUACAUUAACUUGAGUGUGAAAAGGGGGGGGGCAAUCAAAACGAAACAAAGUGUAGACUCACUUUGAUCUUUAGAUAUGAAUGGACAAUGAAGGCGUGCUGGAGCUUCCCACACAGCCCAGCAGUGCGCCCAAGCUCAGCUCAGACCGGCUGAAGCUAGAGGACGAACAUGUUCUCGAGUGGCAACAGACGGUGGGAAGCAAAGGCCAUUUCGCACUCAACAGCCGGGCUUUAUGAAACACAUCAGUACGUGUCAUCUCACUGCCGGGCAUCAUUUGUGAUGAGGCAGGGAUGGAGGAUUAAAUAGCUGGUAAAUGACUGAAUGGAUGAUUAAAUGACUGUUAGGACUGAUGAUGCAAACACUUAACACAUGGACGCUUCUGUCAGCAACACACAAACAAUCUUACAUUUGCUUGAGUAAGAGGAAGCUGCACAAUCUUGUUUUUCUCUCUUUGAAAAAGCAAGAAGUCUUCUGGCCGAAUUAAAUGAUUUCAUGAGAUUUGAUAUCAACAUUCUGUAUGCCGUAUCCACUGGGCACUUCUGGGAAAGGGAGAAGAAGGUUGCUGCUGUAAUUGGGUUUAUGAAGUGGGAACCUCUUCCAAGAAAAACUUAAUUGAAUUAGGUCCACAACAGGUUUGGAGGCGCCACAAAUCCUAUAAGCCACUGCUCAGACCGCAACAUCUGCCUGCAUGGCAUGAUAUUAAAUUCUAUAAAGGCAUGACACCAGCAGAUGUGUGUUAGGAGGUUCUGCUGUUCAACCCUCACCAUAAAUACAGUCUGUGAUUUAUUUGGCAAAAUCUUAAAAAUCUUCACAUGAUUCACUGUACACUGAGCUCUGGUGGACUCUCAGUUCUGCCAGGCCACUUCCCAGCUCCACUGCAGCAUUUACAGUAGGAGCACUUACAGCAUUUGUUGUUGCAGGAAGGCUGAGUGUUUUCCAUUCAGAUUUCCCAACUCCUCCAUUAUUAUGAACAGCAUUACACAUGAGGCUUUGCUGACAGGAUGGUCUGUGUAUGCCAUGAUAUGAAAAUUAACCCAGAGGAGUCUACUUCCAAAAAAAAUUGCACUUAAAGUGUCUGAAACCAAAGUCUCCGAUCUUGUGUUUGUUGUUGACUCACUUGAAAUUAUAAAUCACUGAAUUCUUGA